AUGAACACAUUCGACUCAUCGGCGGCCCCUCCGACGGGCCCCAGCAGCUCUGCAGGAAUGCAAAACACACGGUCACACACCUCGAGUGCAGAAUCCUCCAUGUCGUCGUCCCUCGGUAGCAGCCGCUCCCACGCGAGCUCAUCCCCCCGACACCGUGCGUCAAACACAAACUCACUUCCAACCUCAUCCCAAACCGAAUCCACGCCGAUCAACACACCCGACCCCACCAGGCGCAACUACCAAACAACAGAACCAUCAGCGAGCUCCCAGCUGAAAACCUCGCCGCACAAUGCACCGCCUAUACCUGCAAACCAACCCAGUAAUCCAGAAUCACCCACCGAACCCCGACAGUCUUGGUAUGGCCACCUCGCAGACCGAUACGGCAGCCUCGAGCUAGAAAACAAAGGAAGUGUUGCACGCGACCAUCUCGCACUAGAGCGAACCUUCCUAGCAUGGAUGCGAACCUCGUUGGCCUUCGCCUCCAUCGGAAUCGCAGUCACGCAACUCUUUCGUCUGAACAGUGCCUCCUCGGACACCCGGUCAAACAGCUUCGACCAAUCCUAUAGCCCACACCCGGGAAUUCUCCCACCGGGUCUACAUACAGGCUACGACUCAGCGGCAUUUCAUACAUCCUCUGCGUCAUCGCGUCUUCGUAGCGUGGGAAAACCUCUCGGUUCGACGUUUAUUGGAGUCUCAAUUCUCAUUCUGAUAGUUGGCUUCCAUCGUUACUUUGAGAGCCAGUAUUGGAUCAUUCGUGGCAAGUUCCCUGCUAGUCGUGGGAGUGUGGCGCUCACGGCAUUUGUGGCUGCCGCUCUUAUUAUUGCUGCCCUCGCAGUUAUUCUGGCGGUUUCACCGGGUGCUGUCGAGGGUUAG